GGACGGCGGGGGCGGGGCCGCGGGCGGCAGCGCGGCAGUGGCGCGGACACUGCGGCGCGAGAAACACCGCUCGACACGAUGCGCGCUCUCGCCGCGCUGGCCUUGCUUGCGCUGGCCGCCACAGCCGCCGCCAGGCCUGAACACGACUUCGAGUUCGAUGAUGCGCCGGAGACGCAGACGACGCGGCGUCCUCGCCGAUACAUCUACGAUCCACAAAAUGAACUUUGCCACGCGCUUGUGUGCAAAAAGCGCGAGGUGUGCUUACUGCGGGACUCCUUUACCGCACUUUGUGCCAACAAGAAGGACGUUCUGCGCCGAGGGGACAUAAUAGUGACGGUAGCGAGCAGCCCGUUGGAGCGCAGCGCGGACGACGAGGACGUGUUCUACGAGUCGCCCGCGCCCCCCGCGCCGCCCGCGCCUCCCCUGCCGCCUGCCUCUCUUGAAUCUGACAGGUGUGUUGGGUGCGCGGGCGCGUCGCGCGCCAUGUUCCUGUGCGGGUCAGACAACCGCACGUACUCGUCGCUGUGCCGCCUCGACCUGCACAACUGCGUGCACCGGCCGCGCCCGCCCGUGCGCCUCGCCUGCGCGGGCUUCUGCCCGUGCGAGGCGCCCGACGCGGCGCCCCCGGCCCCCGCCGCCCCCGCCCCGCACUCCCCGCGCCCGCCCCGCCCGCCGCGCCCGCCGCACCCGCGCCGCGCGCUGCGCCCCUACAGGCCGCACCGAGCGCGGCCACGCUUCGACGAGGAUGGAAGGCGUCGAAGGCUGGAGACGCACACCAACGAGGUGUUGCCAGAGAGAUCGUACCGUCGCCCUAAUCAAGAGGUGGAGGGGUGCGCGCUGGACAAGAUGGCGAACCGCUUGCUGGACUGGUUCUCCGUGCUCAUGGAGGAGGCGGGCGGGGUGCCGCCGCCGCCGCACGGCUUCGGGCCGGACUGCAAGCCGGAGGUGAGGUGGAUGUUUGAGCACCUGGACACGGCGCGCGAUGGGCUCCUGCAGCCCAGCGAUCUCUAUGCGCUGAGCCACGACGAGCGCGAACGCUGCCUGCGGCCGUUCCUGCGCUCGUGCGGCGCGGGGGAGGAGGGCGCGGGCGGAGAGGGGCGCGCGGGGGGCGCGGGAGGCGCCGGCGUGUCGCGCGGCGCGUGGUGCGCGUGCCUGGGGCGCGCGGCGCGGCCGUGCGCGGCGCUGGCGCGCGCGAGCCGGCCGGCGCGCGGCGCCUACGUGCCGGCGUGCGACGCGCGCGGCUUCUACCGCCCGCGCCAGUGCCACGCCGCGCUGGCCGUGUGCUGGUGCGUGGACCCGCACGGCGUCGAGCGCCCUGGCUCCAGGACCAAGGGCGCGCCGCCCUGCCCCGGUGAGACGGAGGACGAAGGCGUGCCGGCGGACGACGAGGACGCCGGCGGCAGCGGCGACCGCGAUCUCGACCUGCGGUUUUAAUUUGUCGCAGCGCGCUCGCCUAAUAUAAUUUACAAACAAGCGGCCGUAAUGAGUUGCGUCCUUAGUGUCUUCUGAACAACCCCAUACUCGUUCCAAUAUGACAAGUUAAUUAUUCAUGUUAUUUUAAUGUUGGUAGUUGAUAGAAGUUAUACUUAGCAUAAUUUAUAUUUUAAAUCGUAGUCCUUGAAUUGGAAUUUAUAUUUUCAUACAAUCUACCAUUAUCAUUCAAAUAGUUUUGGGCCUAUCAAAUUUUGUCAAAUUUAGAUAAAAAAAUCUUCAUCCUCAAUUAACAAUAGUUAAAAUCAUAGGUACAUGUUAUAGCAAACAUAAAAUAAAAUAUAAAAUAUAAAGGAACAAAAUAUACAAAGUACUUAAUAAAAUUUGAUAUUAUUAGUUGUUAAAUAAAUUAGGAUUAGUAUUGUGAUUAGUUGAAUUUACAUGAGCACUUAACUAAGAAUAUAAUUUGAAAAGGUUUAAAUAAGUAUAUAAAUCAUUGUACCCUUAUAACCCAUAUUAUGUAUGAAUUUAAUAUUUCUUAAUAGCCUCUAUUUUGUAAGAAUCCAUUAAAGUGAACACUAUAAAUUAAACAGUUAUUUGCACUUUUUUAAGUCUCCACAGUGUAUUUGAAAUAAAUAAGUUAAAAAUGUG